GUGAACGGCGGCUACACCAACUGGACGAUUUCUGACUGCAGUGUAACGUGUGGAGGAGGUGUAAAGACUUUUACAAGAACCUGCACCAAUCACCCACCAGCCAAUGGUGGAAAGAACUGCAGUGAACUGGGACCGGCAAACAAGACAGCCGCAUGCAAUGAACAAGGAUGCCGUAAGUCUCUUGGGUUGUUUCCAGUUUAUGAUUUUAGUGGCCAGGAAAGAGCUAAAUCAACGAUUAUAAUAGGAACUAAACCUCUAUCAAUAUGAUAUGAUGCACUUUAAGACCCUGUUUACAUGGAGUGGGGGACCCCGGUUUAGUGGGGUAGGUUUCUUUUGUUUUGUGUCCCCCAGAGCGUGAAAACGAAAGAAACCAGCCCCACUAGCCUGGGGUCCCCCACUCCAUGUAAACAGGCCCUAAGCCAAGUCCCAAAGGAAACCGAGUUAGAUUUGUUUUCCCUAGGGCCCCAGAGUUUCCAGAGACGAAGUCGACGGAAAACUGACAAAACUAACUGGUUUCCCGUGGAACCUGACAUUAAGUAUUUUGUUAUAUUCGUAGAUCAGACUUUCUCUUCCACAGCGACCAAGAGUAAAGUGCGAAUCUCAGACAAAUGUCCCUACUUUAAAAAACACAAAAUUAUUCUCAAGUCGGCUAAAUGAAUGAUUUUAUUUUUAUCUGAGGCUUUUCCUCCUGAAACUGCUGCAAUUCUCUUCUUGGGUAACUUCGAAAAGCCGUUUUGUUUUAAAAUAAAGACUGAAAUAUGUUUGAGUUGCCAGGUAACCAUGAAAACGAAAAUUGGCAAUGUUUUACCCACCUUCUGUCACGCCACUUCCCGUCAUUCUUCAUUUGAAUAUUUAGAUAAGACCACGUGACCAAGAAUCAACCUAUGGUAGUUCCUGUUUAAUCUAGAAAUAACACAACAUGUCAAAUACAUUAUGUCAACAAAUUUGCAGGUUUAAGAUCUUAGAAAUAUAUUUUCAUCUUCCUGGUCAUGACAUUCAUCUUAGCCACUUGUUCGCGCAUUUGUUUGCCACUCGAAAUAGAGUGCUUUAUUUCACCCAAGCUAAUAUUUUACAGCUAUUCCUACUGGGAUUGAAAAAGGGAAUACGCCGUAGGCUUUCCAUAUUUUUCGGAACUUUUGCCGGGAUGACCUGUACCACUUCAGAUUUCAAUCUUUUUGUCAGUGCGCUGAAGAGGUAAAGUCAGUAAACUGAAUUUAAAACCUGCUCACGGACCUCGAAACGAUAAAUCACAAUGCAACGGAUAUUCAUCGAGGCAAAUUUUCUGUUUAUGUCUUUUACAGGUCUUUUAAAGAAUUGGGAAUUUAGGAAUACGAGAUUUUAUUCUUUUUAACUUGUUUUCUUUUUAAUAUCAGAGACGGAUAAUUCUCUUCUAUAAUUACUUAAUUCAAAACUCUGGUUUGCGUGCAAAAGUCAUUGACCGCAUCUGAGCCGCAAGGAAUGUAUUUGCGAAAUCGCUAUUGGCACAGUGAUUGCUAUUUUUAUGAUUUAUAUAAUUCUAAAAUGUUAUAUAGUGCUUAAUUCUUACUUCAAAUAAUUCUGUAAAUUAUGUACAAAUCUUUUUACAGUUCAAUAAAAUUAUUAUUAUUAUUAUUAUUAUUAGUAUUAGUAUUAUUAUUACAGCGGUUACCACUAACACGCGCCUUUGAAGGGUUCUUUUUUUCUGUCUGUUUAAACCUGAGUUUUCGUGGACGUCAAUCAACUGUUUCCAUGGUUUUCUACGCGCUCUGACAGAGAAGGUUCCCUCAUCGCUGAAUGAAGGACGAAUAAUUUCGAACGACGACGUCUUUUUGAGCUGUUUUAUUAAGAUGAAGGAUCACAUUGUUAAAACAACGAGGUCUCUGCGAGCUGAUUGAAAUAGCCGAAACAUUCUCCAUAGUUUACGUAACGGUUAUUCAGGUUGUUUAUUCUUGAUGUAUAAAAACACGGGAGCCGUGGACGACUGAAUUGUCAAGAAGCUAGUAUAAAUUCAAAGAAACAAAAGAUAUCACACCGAAAAGGGCAAAAAUUUCCUCUGAAUGGAGGCUGUUGUCGAAAAUGAAUUUUACUACUUAUCAUUCUUCAUGUUAUCGAAUAGAAACCAGAACUAGCAAGAACUCAGACGAGUUGCGAGCGAUUGAGAAAGCUUAUGUGGUUGUAACUUACAGUGUGUAAAUAUGUCGAUAAGUUGAGUUUCCUCCGAGAAACACUCAACAAAUUCUUUCUCCUCGUAAUCUUGAAAUGAACUGGUGUCUGAUCCUGCAGUAAAAUAUUGCAAAAACGGCUGAAACGCCGACAAACUAGUAUUCUCCCGAGUGCUCAAGAAACGGAGACAGAAUCUUCUCUUGGCCAACGCGUGAAAAACCAUGGUAACGGUUGAUUGACGUCCACCAAAACGCAGGUUUGAACCGAAGAACAAACCCUUUGAGGGCGCGUGUCAGUGGUAGCCGCUGUAAUAUUAUUAUUAUUUUCGAUAUUAUUAUUUAAUUACGUUCUGUUCCUUUGCAGCACCUUCAUGCACUGCCGGACUUGAUAUUGGAAUCCUUUUGGAUAAAAGUCAAAGCAUCAUUAAGAAAGAGUUAGAAAAAGUUAUCACCUUCCUUAAAGACCUGGUAAAUAAGUUCAAGCCGGCACCUGACGAGGAUCACUUUGGGCUCAUUACUUUCGAGGGAAAAACGGCAACAUUGGUGUUUGACUUCGCUGCCUCUGAAUUUUACAAUAAGAGUAGACUUUUGGACAAAAUAAAUAAAAUACCAACAAAACAAGCAAUCGACUGGGGAACUCGCACUGACCUUGCUCUGCAAAUGGCUCGCGACCAGCUGUUCACCAAGGCGGGAGGCGACAGACCUGACAGACCCAACGUUAUGUUAGUCCUGACUGAUGGAAAUCCGUUGCGUUUGCCGAAAGAUCUAAUUUUUGCAGAAUUUGCUAAAAACAUUUCACGUGAUUUCCAGGUAAGUACGCACUCCUUAGUAUUUAACCGUAAUCCAGUGAACGCUUGCUGGCCGUAUAUUCAAGUCACACUUCGGUUCUACAGAAAAUAUUAGAUUUUGCCUACCCUUUUCAAAAGGACACACAAAAAAGCGGAGCUCAAAAGAUACAGGGGCCUGUAAGUCAGCAAGGGUCUCAAAGCCAGUUUGUGGCAAAAUUAUACACUUGUACACUGUAAGUGCGCGCGUGAUUACGAAACCCACUAUGAUAAAAACCCAUGAAUCUCGUAAAAAAAAAAAAAAAACAAGUACCACAACGCCAGAUGCGAAAACCCAAACUACUUGAGGAAGUAAGGGGACGUACCCCCCACCUGCUGAAGUCUGCUUCGUUCCCGACAACUUGGGGAGCAAAGGUACGCGGAAUUCAGCGACUUCCAAAUGGCUACAAACAAAUACCUUAUUGGUACUAUACUUAACAGACUCGCGAAUAAAGCUUCCCGCGAAAUUAAAUACCAAGAAAAUUCAAAUCGCAAAGGAAACUGGAUAAGAUUUAAUAACAGCAACAUAUACAGGAUAUGUAUCGACGAGACACAAGUUAUUGACUAGUAAGUUCUUUUUUGUAUCUUCUGUCGUGAAAUAGCAUUAAUUUGUACAGACUACACUUACGGAGUAGAGACUUUGGCUAUCAUUUUCAUCCACUUUAUCUAAAAGCUUUCAAAAGUUCAGAUUUUUUGAAAAAUUAAAUGAAGUUUAGAGCAUAUUUGCCCAUUGAAAUCGCAAACACAAAACCGCUCAAAAUACUAUCUCGUCAAAAUCGCGAAAUUAAGUACCCGCGAAACUUAAAGUACCAUUACGGAAUAAAAAAAAAAACAAAUUUAGUACUUCAAGUGAAUUCUGACCUAGACUGAUUUGAAUUUGCAAAGGAACAACAAUACACAAAGUCAUGUACAUUUCAGAAUCUACUCAAAAUUACUUUUAGAGGACCCAGUCCUCCGUUCCUUGCGUACAAAAUACCUUAUUAUAGGAAAUUAACGCUUCAUGAAAUUAACGCGAAUUUCAAGAAUUCACGUUUUUAUGUGAACGUUAAUUUUCGCGACGUUCAUUAGGUGGAGCGUUAAUUUCCUCGACCGCAAUUUCCAUAAUUUUGGCUCCAAAUUCUCGAUACACUUCUGGCAUUCUUGAAACCUAAGGAAGAGGAGUAUUUAUCAGGGUGGAGAUCCGCAAGUAACAGUGAAACUGUCAAGAACUCUCGAAGUGGCCAGAGUUCUUUGCUUGACCCCCUUAGGACGUUGAUUGUAGUUAAAUUUUACGGUUGACACCUCGCAUUGCCUUUGUUUUUAUACUGUAAAUUAAACUAAUCGAGCAAACCGUCAUUCGGUCAACUUAUAAACCUGGUAUAUAUUAUCCAAUGAUUCGGAAAACCGUUAAAGGCAAUGACUGCGGACGAAUAACAGCGGCUAACAUAUAAUAAAGAGACAAGAGAUGAAACUAAUUUGGGUCAAUUUUCAACCCGCCAGAAUUCGUCAGUCCGUGGAUAAAUCGGCGCCAUUUUCCUCAGCAGACACCAAAACAAUCUCUCUCAUCUGAAAUUUGAACAUCGACUUCGCUAAAACUAGUUUCCGAGGGGCAGAUUUUUAGCGUUGGAUGCUUGCUUUCGUACGAUCUGGACCGGAAGUAAUCGGCUUUAGUUAAGUUAUUAUUAGUGUAUUGUUACGUUCUUAUUACUAGUAUUUGCAUAUCUUCAGUUUUUUUGUAUUCAUCAGGGCAAAGCUAAUAAAAUAAAAUAAAAAAUGGAAGAUGCCGGUCACGUAAAUACGUCAUAAGUUACAUAACAAGCUAGAAACAAUAGUAAGAAAUAAAGUGUUGACAGGCGAGGCCAAGCAAGUGAUAGUGUGAAACGUGACCUUGGAAUUUGCUUGAACAACAGAUAUUAUUCUUUCUUUUCUCUCCAGCGGGUAGAUUAUAAAGUGCAUGGAGCAUUCUAACCUUUAAUAAGCUAGUCUCCCUUUGAAUUCAAGAAAAACUUCUCGGACCAGGGAAACGGAAUUCGGUCUCUGCAUGCCGCAGUAUGACAAUGAUUUUCUUUGUGCGCCUUCAAAGCGUUUAAUAAGCGUUUUAUUGUGGCUAGAUAAAGAUUGCACUGGCUCUAUUUUUCUUCAAAAUGUCUGGACCUAACUAAGGAUUUUUCUCGAAAAGGAAACAGCGAUUUGCCAAGGACACUGUGUUCCACACUCGAGUGAAUCAAUGUUUACAUAAUAAAUCCGGUAGUCAUGGGAUUCCAAAUGCAAAUUUGUUAAAUUUUACGUUUCUCCUGGUCAAUUUUGGAAAAGUGUUGUGUUCAUCUGCGAAUGAGCUUCAGCAAAACUCAAAUGCCUCUUCUAGAGAAGACUAUAUUCCACACAUAUUGACUGUUUUGUUAGAGAUUCAUCGCGUUUACAUUUGACCUUUGUCGCCUUUUGUCUUUUGUCUGUCUUUCGUAAACAAUAGCUAGAGCAAUGAAACUACUCCGUCGACCAAUUAGCGCAUCUGACCGGAUUCUGGACAGGUUUUGCGUCAUCACUAUGGAAUUUCUGUCGCUGAAUCGCAGACGUUCCUCCUCGCGAAACGUCUUCCGUUCGCAGGCUAGAUUUUAACCUGACUUCUAAUUCUUGGUAAAAUUCAAGAUGGCGGUCAAGAUGGCGACCAUAUUUGGUGACGUCACAGGCCUCCAGCGCGCAGCGUCACCACUCAUAAGUUAUAGCUCAUCUUGUUGAGAAGAUCAAAGGCUUUCCACUGAAGGCAAAAUCGUUUUGAAAUACUGCAACAUAUCAAAAACUCUGGGGAGGGGUUCCAUCAACCCCCUCCCUUUCCCUUGUACUAGGGUGGGGGUAUGAAAUUGCAUGUACGUCCGAGCCAGUUAAUAGUACUUUUGCCUCUUUUCUUUUCUCGUUAUUGUGUUAAAUUUAGGACAAGCGCGUUUACAUAGUAGCAGUUGGGAUUGGUCUACAGAUAGAUAAUGCAACCCUGAUACAGAUAGCAGGAAAAGAACAACGUGUGGUUCUGGUCGAGGACUUCCAGCAACUACAGGGAGAAAUAGACAGGAUCAAGUCAUCUGUUUGUUCAGGUAUUUUGCCCUGAAAGAUUAUAGAUUACAAAAUGUAAAUUGAAAAAAAAAAAAAAAAAAAAAGAUUUUUACAGUCUUGGCAAUCUGUUGGACUUUACUUGCUUAUAGUGAUGCUGAUAAUGAACCUUAAGACUCCAGUGAGUUUUCAUAGAAGAAGUCACCGUGCGUUUUGGGGUACCUUGUGGUCAAUAAUAUAUAGAUUUAUCCAGGGCUAAAAGCGAAGCUCCCAUUAAUUAAUUUAAAAUUUGAAUCAAACAAUAAACUUUUAAUCCACAAGUCAGUUAACUUAAGGACACAUUCAUGUGACUUUUGAGUGAAAGGCUAAGUUAUUUUAGAGUGAACAUCUUACAUCGAGUUGAUAGCCUUAUAUAUACACCCAAAAAAUAGCAAACAUCUUCGAUCAUACUUAAGAGCCAUAAUGGCUCUUGAUCACGGUAGCUUAGGCCUCGAAAACAAAUUCUUGGAAACAAAUCAGGCCGAAUUUUUUUGCGUUCGACAGGUUUACUUUACAAAUUCUUGCUAACAAAUCUGGGGUGUGUAAACCAACCUUUUUAUACUUUUUAUACAUUACAUCUGAGGUGAAACAGUACUAUUUAUCAUGCAGACCUCGGACAGAAUGCGGUAUUUCAAGACAAAUUCCACUCAGUCAAUUUUCAGGACGAUCAAUCGUAGGCUUUUAGCGAAACCGUUCAAAAAAUUUCCAAAAUCACCCAUACUGCCAGCCGGUUCUCAUUUCUAGUGCGAGCUGUCAGUGUGGUCUAGUGUUUGAAUAAACUUUAAAAGAGUUACGCUUCAACAUAAUAACGAAUUUAUUAUUAUUAUUUCUUGUUUAAUAUUUAAUGGUUUCAGUUAUAACGAUGUGUAAUCUUAUAAAGCGUUUGAUACGCGCGACAUUUUUAAGUACUCCUGCAAGCGAUGUUCAUGAACGAUGA